AUGUUCCUCCUCCGCCGACCACCUCGGUUCAGACCAUCCCGCAUCUUCAGCCAUGUCCCCCACCAAAAGCCAACACCCAGAUCACCACCACCACCAUCACCACAAUCCCUCCGCUCCUAUCCCCAACCAAGAUGGCACUCCACCAAAUCCCCUCCCCCAGAAGAAGAGGAAAUCCACCAGCGCAUCAUCCCCCACAAGCGCAACCCCUACAACCCCUCCAACAACCGCAACCCCUACUCCUACCGAACCUACAACAAUGACCACUACAUCCGCCUCCAAGCCGCCGAGCCCCUCCGCGGCCCAUCAAAGAUUACAACCACAGCCGUAAUAGCCAUCGCCACAACCGCCGGCCUCCUCUUUUACUUUGCGAACCUCGAAAAGGUGCCCGUGUCCAACCGCACCCGGUUCAACGUCUACGGACCAGACUCCUCCACCCUAAAGUCAGUAGCCGAGAUGAGCUACAAGAGGUUGUUGAUCGAACUGCAAGAUCAAGGAGCGAGGAUACUACCCGAGUGGGAUCCACGGACUGUGAGAGUGAGGAGGGUGAUGCAGAGACUCAUUCCCUUUAGCGGAAUGGGCGCGAAUCAGGACUGGGAAAUCUUCGUCAUCGACGCCCCAAACCAAGCCAACGCUUUUGUCCUGCCCGGCGGAAAAGUCUUUGUGUUCAGCGGCAUCAUGAACCUCGCCCGAGGCGACAGCGCCCUCGCCACUGUUCUAGGUCACGAGAUAGCCCACAAUGUCGCUGGGCAUUUUGGCGAGAGGCUAUCGCAGGACAUUGGGAAGAAUAUCCUUUUGUUCAGUCUCAUGCUGCUUGGGGGGGUGAUUGGGAUUGGGCCGUUGAUUGCGGGGUGGUUUGGGACGAGCGUGAUUGAUAUCACUUUUGGGAACCCGAUGAGCAGACUUCAGGAGACGGAGGCGGAUUAUAUUGGGUUGAUGAUGAUGAGUGAGGCGUGUUUUGACCCGAGGGAUGCGGUGGGGUUUUGGGGGCGGAUGGAGAUGGUGGGACAGAGGGAGGUUGCGAGGGGAGGAGUGGAUGUACCGGAGUGGGCGAGCACGCAUCCGAGCAAUGCUAAUCGGAUAAAGAAGAUACAGGAGUGGCUGCCCGAGGCGAUGAGGAAGAGGGAGGAUAGUGAUUGUAGUACUACUGGGUCGACGGCGGAUGCGUUCAGGCGGGCGUUGGAGACGGGGGGGUUUAUUAUUAUGGGGUGGUGA